GUCAUUUAACAUUGAGUUAAUAAGGCUCUCCUAGGAAGGCUUUGGUGACAGACCUGAUUGACUACCUAAGCGAGUUACAAUGGAUACAGGUUAUUGCAAGCCUGAUGAAGAAAAGCACAAACAUUACCAUGAUGAUGAUUUUGAUCACAAAGGAUUUCUGGACACAUUCUGGUGUGAUGAAAAAUAUGAGUUGAUACAUGAAAGCUUGGAAUUUCCUCUGAAAAAACUUCAUGAGAUAUUCUCAUCAGAAUAUGUUAAAGGAAACACAGUGCUUGAUUUUACAUUGGGGGCAGGAAUAUAUAGUCUGAUAACCGCAGCCAAUGUCUUCAAAGAGAUAUAUGUGGCAGAAGUCACAAACAACGGCAUCAAGGAAUUUGAGAGGUGGCUUAACAAGGAACCAGGAGUUUCAGAUUGGUCCUGUGCAACAAAAUUUGUUGCUGAAUUAGAAGGCAAAAGAGAUGGGUGGCAGGAAAAAGAAGACAAGAUAAGAAGAGCCAUCAAGAAAGUUGUAAAAUGGGACAUUUGUGGCAGACGUCCAGUUCCAAAAGAAUUACCACAAGUGGAUUGUGUAAUCAGCCUUUGGAUUCUAAAUAUAAUAAGUAAAACCAAGGCUGAAUUCAAGAUCAAUCUAAAAAGUUUGGUGUCCCAGUUAAAAACUGGGGGUUAUUUAAUGUUUUUUGCAGUCAUAAAUAUGACUUAUUAUAUAUUUGGUGGGCAUAAGUUCUUUGUUCUGGCAACUGAUGAAAAUUUUUUAAGGGAGGCUGCCAGAGAAGCAGGGCUAGUCAUUCAGAAGUUUGAAUUGCAGCUGAGCUCAAAGUGCACCACUUUGGUGGAUUAUGAUAAAGUGGCUUUUCUGUUAGCGCGCAAGGAAAAGGAUGACUGAUAUCCUAAUUUAUAAAUCUGCAAGAAAUAAGGCUUCCUGGAAGUAGAUCAGUUAUUGUCAGGCAAGCUGAUAUACUCCAUAUAGCACAGAACCCACAAAUUCAUUUAAUGUUGGCAAAUAACAUAUCUGAAGUAAAAAUAAAUUCUUGCAAUAUCUGCAUUUGUCUAUGCUCAUGAUUUUUUUAGUACAGGUAUGGGACCCGUUAUUCAGAAUGCUUGGGACCUGGGGUUUUCUGGAUAAGGGGUCUUUCCGUAAUUCAGAUCUCCUACCUUAAGUUUGCUAAAAAAAAAAUAAAAAAAAUUAAACAGUAAUUAAACCUA